AUGAGCUACUAUGGCAGCUACUACGGAGGCCGCGGCUAUGGCUGGGGCUGGGGCGGCCUUGGGGGCCUGGGCUGUGGCUAUGGCUCCGGCUGGGGCUGGGGCGGCCUUGGGGGUCUGGGCUGUGGCUGUGGCUCCGGCUGGGGCUGGGGCGGCCUUGGGGGCCUGGGCUGUGGCUAUGGCUACAGAGGCUAUGGCUGUGGCUGCUGGCGUCCGUCCUGCUGCGGGGGAUACGGAUACUCUGGCUUCUACUGAAACCCUGCCCAGCAGCUCAGCCUCUGAACUUACAAGGGACUUCCUCCCACGUUUGACCUAAGGAACCGGACAGCAGACCUCAUGCUGGGUUAUUCGCACAAAAGCCUUUAGCUCCUCAGGAUUAUGGGUAGAUUUUCAACUGUGCCUGCGUCUCCCUCAUAUUCCCAGGAUCCUCUGCGUUUGCUGUCAGAACUGAUUGGACUGUCUGUCCACCUUCCAAUAAAGCAUUGAACUUGA